AUGAAGCAAAAGAUUUUGAUUGCAAAAUGUUAAUUUAACACAUAAAGUCUUAUAUAAUCUAAUACAUAUGUUUUUAAUUUAAAAUAAAGUGAAUUUGUGUGCUUUUGGUUCAUAAAAAAUAAUAAAUAUCAAUCGUUUAAUUUAAUUGACAAAAUAUUUAACGUGAAAUUGAUGAAGUAUUCUAGUCAUGCAAAUUUUAAAGGUUAUUUGUGUGACGCUAUUGGGCUGCAUUGCAGCGAAUUCAUCUGCAGUAAAUAACAAGGCUGUAAACGAAAGGCCCAAAUUGGAUUGGUAUGAAAAUGGUGUUUUUUACCAAAUCUAUCCCCGGUCAUUCAAAGACAGUAACGGCGAUGGAAUCGGGGACAUUCGUGGUAUUAUUCAAGAAUUGGACUACUUGAAAGAAUUGGGUGUUGAUGGAGCUUGGCUUUCGCCAGUUUUAAAAAGUCCAAUGGUUGACUUCGGCUAUGACACUGAAGAUUUCUACGAUAUCGAUCCGAUGUUUGGAACGAUGGCCGACUUAGAAGAGUUAUUCAGAGAAGCCAAGAAAAGAAAUAUAAAAAUCAUUUUGGAUUUCGUGCCAAAUCAUAGCUCUGAUAAAUGCGAAUGGUUCAAAAAGUCGGUGAGACGUGACCCUGAGUAUGAAAACUUUUACGUUUGGGCUGAUGGUAAAAACAAUAACACAGAACCGCCAAAUAAUUGGUUAUCGAUUUUCUAUGGUUCAGCAUGGACUUUUAAUGAAGAGCGAAACCAGUGGUAUUUACACACAUUUGCCAAGGAAAUGCCCGAGUUUAACUACCGGAAUGAAAAUGUCACCAUUAAAAUGAUCGAUGUUCUUAAUUUUUGGCUUGAAAAGGGUGCUAACGGCUUCCGAUUGGAUGCAGCCAACUUUUUCUACGAAGAUAAGGAUUUGAGAGACGAACCUUUGAGUAAUAAAACAAGUGAUCCGAAUGAUGUUGAAUACUUAAAGCAUGAUUACACAAAAAAUUUGGGAGAAUCAUUUGACCUACUGUACAAGUUCAGAGAGGCUAUUGAUAAAUUUCAAGAGAAAAACAAAGAUGCGCAACUUGUUCUGAUGUGUGAAGCUUAUGUAAAUAAUACCGAAUAUGUCAAAUAUUUUGGAAACGGUAAAAGAAAAGGAGCGCAUAUUCCAUUUAAUUUUGAUUUGAUCACUGAUAUGGACAAAUAUUCAACGCCAAAAGAUGCUAAGAAAAUCAUUGAUAAAUUAUUUGGAAGUGUCCCAGUGGGCAAUCAGCUCAAUUGGCAACUGGGAAACCAUGAUAGACCACGUAUUGGUUCGCGAUACGGUGAACGAAGAGUCGAUGGUUUUAACGCAUUAAUAAUGACAUUGCCAGGCAUCGCCAUCACUUACUACGGUGAGGAGUUAGGAAUGGUGGACAAUCGGACGAUUCCAUUUUCUGAAACAGUCGAUCCACAAGUCAUC